GUAACUUUCAUAUUAAGAAAACGUGAAGUGAAGUUAGCACAUAUAUACCACAAACACAUUUACGUAAGAUAAUUUAAACAACUAUCUCAUAUGUAGGCAGAAUUUUUGUACCAGUCUGGUUAAAAAGUAGGUUUGUUUGUUGGAAAUUAUUAUUUAUCUUCAUUUUUAAAUAGUUAACUACUUCUGGUCAGUUAUUUACAUCAACUGUACAAUCAAACAAAUCCAUUAUUGAAUUUUCAAACACUAUCCUCUAAAACUAAAGGCAGAAAAAACUAAGAAUAGGUAUGAACACCAUACUUUUAUACUUGACCAAUACAAGACAUCAAGAAGAUUUGCAUAAAGCUAUUGAGAAUGGCAGUAAUUUUAGACAAUGAACAUACAUCUUGUUUUUAAUAACUAAAUAUGAAUCAUAGAAUAAUCAUCUGUUUACCAUUUAAAAGCAUCGAAUAUUUGCUUGUUAUCGAAAAAAAAUCCCGAUGAAUAUACGAACAUUCAAGAUAUUCAAACACAGUUAUAUGAACGAAGAAUAUUCAGCGACUCAAGAUAUUCACUUAAUAGUCUUUAAACUCCGAUUCAAAUUCACGGUGAAGUUGAGGACCCCAUUGCUUUAGAUAACCAAGUGGAAGAGGGGUUAAAUGACCAAAUUCUAAAUGAAUAUGAGGCUUUUUAUAUUUAUGACCAUAUGGCGUCUUACCUAUCUAGGCCAGAGGUUGGAUUGUCAGGUUUCGCGAAAUUUUUCCGUGAAAGUGCAAACGAAGAAUUGGAGCAUGCCCGUAAAUUCAGUGAAUUUGUCAAUAAACGAAACUCAAAAGUUGUCCUGAAAAAUAUUUUACUUGCAUCUUCAGGUGUACCAAUGGAUUUUAAAAAUAUUCAUGAAGUAAUUGAUACAGCAAUUGGAAAAGAACUUGAAGUCACUGCACACAUCAAUGCACUGCAUAAAUUAGCAUCGAAAAUGAAUGAUGCAACUACACAAGAUUUUUUGGACGAUUUUCUACAAGAACAAGUGAAUUCUGUAAGUAAACUAAGAGAAAUGCGUGCUCGACUACAUUUGGAUAAUAGUGCUGUUUAUCUGAUGGAUAAAGAAUUUCGUUGAACUGGUAAUCUUUUUGCAACAAUAAGAAUUUCUUUCAUUUUUCUUCAAAAUUGAUAAUUAUUUCCUGCAAUUAUAUGCAAACUGUAGACAAUCAUCAACCUUUUAGUAUAAAAAAGGUUACACUGAUUUUACACAUGCUUGAUGUCUUUUUUUAUCAUUUAUUUGGAUGCAUUGAUAAGAUAUUAUUUCCAGUGAUUUGUUAAUUUGAUUUCCUUCAUAUUCUGAAACAAUUAAAUUCAUAUGGUAAUGAUGAGAAACUGAUAUUUAUUUGACUCGUUUUAAAAGCAUCAUGAAUACUGUAUGGUAUUUGAUGUAUUCUUAAAGGCAAGGAAGAAAUCUGUAAGCAAUUGAUUUUAAGUAUUUGUCAGUGAAAUGAUUUUAUGAUCAUUAAAGUAGAUCGGUGAAGAUAAUAUGAUUUUGAUUGUUAGGAGUCAGCUGGAAUAAAAUUACAGAGCUCCAUACUAGGACAAUACAACUAUGUCAAUGGAUCCUGUUUUGAAAUAGCUGUUUAGCAACUUAAAUUGCAAACACACUAAAUUUAGUUUAUUUUUUUAGGUAAUACAUACGUGGAGAAAACUACAAAUAGUAAAACAUUGCAAAUAAUUCUUAGACAGAUUAACAGAAUUCUAAAACUACUUGUAAUGCUGAAAAUUAUCACCUUGAAAUGGUAAACUUUAAAAAUGGGUAUAGAAACUUAACAUUCACUUCUGACAUGAGCCGUAUUUCAGCAUCACAGGGAACACGU